UGUUUGCUUGCUUUAGGUACAGCAGUUCUGUCUCUUUUUUUUUUAAUUUUCGGCUUGGUCACACCACACACUUGUUUACAACGCAAACCUUCUUCUCCAAAACCAAGUUUUCAGUUUCUCUCUACCUUUUCUUUUUUAUUGACUCCAUGACGGUCGCCGGCGAAAAUUUGAACGGGUAAAUAGUUUCCCCGGAAUAAGACGGGACAACGAGAUCUAAUUCAACGAAUUGGAACUUUUAUUCGGAUUAAUUUGGGUUUUGCAUUGGUCAGAAGUAAAGAGAUGGAGAUUGUUUGAGGAUUUAAUGGAACAAGUAAAGAGAUGGAGAUUGUUUUGGAGCAACUGUCGCAAUCUGUCUAUUGAUACUGGGACACUAGUUUCCCAACUGAGAAUCACCUGUAAUGAUACCUGAAUAAGACUCUUGCCAAAGAUUUGUUGUUUGUAUUUUUCCCUUCUUCUUUUUUUUUUUGGUCUUUUGGGGUUUUGGUUGGAUUCCUUAGGUUUCUUAUCCAAUAAUGGCGGCUGAGGAACAUUCUCCUCAGAGAAGCCAAGUCUCUGCUUCUGCUUCUGUUAUAGAGAAUGAUGCUCAACGCCUUCGGUUGGGAUCAAGCGACUCGCUUCUCCCCGGUCUCAUCGACGACGUCGCUCUAAACUGUCUCGCUUGGGUUCCAAGAACAGACUACCCUUCCCUCUCCUGCGUGAGCAAAAAGUACAACAACCUGAUCAAGUCCGGUCACCUCUUUGGCCUCAGAAAGGAGCUGGGGAUAGUGGAGUAUCUCGUCUUCAUGGUCUGCGACCCUAGAGGCUGGCUAAUGUUCUCUCCCACGAAGAAAAAAUGGAUGGUCCUUCCCAAAAUGCCCUGCGACGAGUGCUUCAACCACGCCGACAAAGAGUCUUUGGCCGUGGACGACGAGCUUCUCGUCUUCGGGAGAGAGCUGUUCCAGUUCGCUAUAUGGAAGUACGGUCUGAGGUCUCGGCGCUGGGUCAAAUGCGAAGGGAUGCACCGUCCUCGCUGCUUGUUUGCCUCCGGAAGCUUAGGAGGGAUUGCGAUAGUCGCCGGAGGGACUGAUAUGAACGGGAAUAUAUUAGCGUCUGCUGAGCUUUACGAUUCUUCUUCUGGGAGAUGGGAGAUGCUUCCCAACAUGCAUUCGCCUCGGAGACUGUGCUCAGGGUUCUUCAUGGACGGGAGAUUCUAUGUGGUUGGAGGGAUGUCGAGCCCUAAUGUAUCGGUUACUUGCGGAGAAGAGUUUGAUCUUGAGACGAGGAAGUGGAGGAAGAUCGAAGGGAUGUAUCCGAACGUGAACAGAGCGGCGCAGGCUCCACCUCUCGUUGUGGUGGUGAACAACGAGCUGUUCACGCUGGAGUACUUGACCAACAUGGUGAAGAGGUAUGAUAAGGAGAGGAACAAGUGGGAAGUGAUGGGAAGAUUGCCGCCGAUGGUGGACUCGUCUAACGGUUGGGGGUUGGCGUUUAAGCCGUGCGGUGAUCGGUUGUUGGUUGUUUGUGGGCAAAGAGGGAGUAACGGUGAGGGUGUUGUUGUGAAUGCUUGGUGUCCGAAGACGGGAGCUAGAGAUGGGAACUUGGAUUGGAAAGUGAUUGGUGUUAAAGAGAAUGUUGGUGUCUUUGUUUAUAACUGCGCGGUGAUGGGUUGUUAAAGUAAAAGAAAUCAAAUCUCUUUUGGUUUCUUCAACUUGGAAGUUCGGUUCUUUGUAUUACAACAUCAGAUCUUGUCUCUGGUUCGGUCUUCAACUUGGAAGUUUUUGUUGUUUUAUUUUCUUCUGCUUGGGAUUAACAUGCUUUUGCGUUUGAUCCUGUUUUUAAUUUUAUUUGUGUAAACUGAAAAAAGAAAGAAAAUUCAUUACUCUUCAAAA